AUGAGAGAAGCCGCCGCCGCCGCCGAGCUGGUCCCCCCGCCCGCCUUCGCCGUCACCCCCGCCGCCGCCAUGGAGGAGCCGCCACCGCCGCCGCCGGGACCCGAGCCUGAGCCCGAGCCGGAGCGCUGCCGGGCGGCGAGGCAAGAGCGCGCGUUAGGAGAUUCCGGCUGCCAGAAUUCCGAGUCUGAUCCAGAGGACUUUCCAGAUGAAACCAAUACAGAGAACCUUGAUGGCACCUCUCCCCCCAGCACCCCUCGGCAGAUAAAACGCAUGUCCACCAAGCACCAGAGGAAUAACGUCGGGAGGCCUGCUGGCCGGUCUGGUUUGAAAGAAAAAAUGAAUGCACCAAACCAGCCUCCACACAAAGACACUGGAAAAACUGUGGAGAAUGUGGAAGAAUACAGCUAUAAGCAGGAGAAAAAGAUCCGAGCAGCUCUUAGGACAACAGAGCGCGACCAUAAGAAAAAUGUGCAGUGCUCGUUCAUGUUGGACUCGGUGGGUGGGUCUUUGCCCAAAAAAUCAAUUCCAGAUGUGGAUCUUAAUAAGCCUUACCUCAGUCUUGGCUGCAGCAACGCUAAGCUUCCGGUAUCCGUGCCCAUGCCUAUAGCCAGAACUGCACGCCAGACUUCUAGGACUGACUGUCCGGCAGAUCGCUUGAAGUUUUUUGAGACUUUACGACUUCUGCUAAAGCUUACCUCAGUCUCAAAGAAGAAGGACAGGGAGCAAAGAGGACAGGAAAAUACGUCUGCUCUCUGGUUUAACCGAUCUAACGAGCUCAUCUGGUUAGAGCUACAAGCCUGGCAUGCAGGACGGACCAUUAAUGACCAGGACCUCUUUUUGUACACAGCCCGUCAAGCCAUCCCAGAUAUUAUCAACGAAAUCCUUACUUUCAAAGUGAAUUAUGGGAGCUUUGCCUUUGUUCGAAAUGGAGCUAGUUUUAAUGGUACUUCAGUAGAAGGGCAGCGCAGAGCCCCUCAUGGAACAAAGAUUGUGGGUUACUCAACAUAUCAUGAGCAUCUCCAACGCCAGAGGGUGUCAUUCGAGCAGGUGAAACGGAUAAUGGAGCUGCUGGAGUACAUAGAAGCACUUUAUCCAUCGUUGCAGGCUCUUCAAAAGGACUACGAAAAAUAUGCUGCGAAAGACUUCCAAGACAGGGUGCAGGCGCUCUGUUUGUGGUUAAACAUCACAAAAGACCUAAAUCAGAAGUUAAGGAUUAUGGGCACUGUUUUGGGCAUCAAGAAUUUAUCAGACAUUGGCUGGCCAGUGUUUGAAAUCCCUUCUCCUCGAUCAUCCAAAGGCAAUGAGCCGGAAGAUGAGGGUGAUGACACAGAAGGGGAGUUGAAAGGGCUGGAGAGUAGCGCGGAUGAGAGCGAAGAAGAAGAGCUCUCUGGUCCAAGGGCCCCGGAACCCACACAGCCCGCUGACCGCCGUUUCAGCAUCCAUUCUCAGGACUGCGUGUCUAAGAAGCUUGAGCGGCUUGAGUCUGAGGAUGAUUCUGCUGGCUGGGGAGCCCCAGACGGCAGCACGGAAGCAGGCUUUAGUAGACACUGUCUGACUUCUAUUUAUAGGCCAUUUGUAGACAAAGCGCUGAAGCAAAUGGGGUUAAGAAAGUUAAUUUUAAGACUUCACAAGCUGAUGGACGGUUCCUUGCAAAGGGCACGUAUAGCACUGGUAAAGAGUGACCAUCCAGUGGAGUUUUCCGAAUUUCCAGACCCCAUGUGGGGUUCAGAUUAUGUGCAGUUAUCCAGGACGCCAUGUUCCUCGGAGCAGAAAUGCAGCACUGUGUCGUGGGAUGAACUCCAGUCCAUGGACUUGCCCUCAUUCGAACCUGCCUUCCUGGUCCUCUGUCGAGUCCUUCUGAAUGUCAUACAUGAGUGUCUGAAGUUAAGAUUGGAGCAGAGGCCUGCUGGAGAACCGUCUCUCUUGAGUAUUAAGCAGCUGGUGAGGGAGUGUAAGGAGGUGCUGAAGGGCGGCCUUCUGAUGAAGCAGUACUACCAGUUCAUGCUGCACGAGGUUCUGGACGACCUGGAGAAGACCGACUGCAACAUCGAUGCCUUCGAGGAGGACCUGCACAAAAUGCUGAUGGUGUAUUUUGAUUACAUGAGAAGCUGGAUCCAAAUGCUACAGCAGUUACCUCAGGCGUCCCAUAGUUUAAAAAAUCUGUUAGAAGAAGAAUGGAAUUUCACCAAAGAAAUAACCCAUUACAUCCGGGGAGGAGAAGCACAGGCCGGCAAACUUUUCUGUGACAUCGCAGGGAUGCUGCUGAAGUCGACAGGAAGUUUUUUAGAGUUUGGCUUACAGGAGAGCUGUGCCGAGUUCUGGACCAGCGCCGACGACAGCAACGCUUCAGACGAAAUAAGGAGGUCUGUCAUAGAGAUUAGUCGGGCGCUGAAGGAGCUCUUCCACGAAGCCAGAGAAAGAGCCUCCAAGGCCCUCGGAUUUGCCAAAAUGUUGAGAAAGGACCUGGAAAUAGCAGCAGAAUUUGUACUUUCAGCCCCAGUCAGAGACCUUCUGGACGUUCUGAAAUCAAAGCAGUAUGUUAAGGUACAGAUUCCCGGCUUGGAAAACUUGCAGGUGUUUGUCCCAGACACCCUCGCUGAGAAGAGCAUUAUUCUUCAGUUGCUCAAUGCAGCUGCGGGAAAGGACUGCUCCAAAGAGUCCGAUGACGUCCUGAUUGACGCGUACCUACUGCUCACCAAGCACAGCGACCGCGCCCGGGAUGCCGACGAUGGCUGGGCCGCGUGGGAAGCGCAGCCCGUCAAAGUCGUGCCGCAGGUGGAGACCGUCGAUACCCUGAGAAGCAUGCAGGUGGAUAAUCUUUUACUAGUUGUCAUGCAGUCUGCCCAUCUCACAAUUCAGAGAAAGGCCUUCCAGCAGUCCAUCGAGGGACUCAUGACUCUGCACCAGGAGCAGACAUCCAGUCAGCCGCUCAUCGCCAAGGCUUUGCAGCAGCUAAAGAAUGACGCGCUAGAGCUUUGCAACAGAAUAAGCGAUGCCAUCGACCGAGUGGACCACAUGUUCACUUCCGAAUUUGAUGCGGAGGUUGACGAAUCUGAGUCUGUUACGCUGCAGCAGUACUACCGCGAGGCGAUGAUUCAGGGGUACAACUUUGGUUUCGAGUAUCAUAAAGAAGUUGUUCGUUUGAUGUCUGGAGAGUUUAGACAGAAGAUAGGAGACAAAUAUAUAAGCUUUGCCCGGAAGUGGAUGAACUAUGUCCUAACUAAAUGUGAGAGCGGUCGAGGUACAAGACCCAGGUGGGCAACCCAAGGUUUUGAUUUUCUACAAGCCAUUGAACCUGCCUUUAUUUCAGCUUUGCCAGAAGAUGACUUCUUGAGUCUUCAAGCCUUGAUGAAUGAAUGCAUUGGCCAUGUGAUAGGAAAGCCACACAGUCCUGUUACAGCCAUCCAUCGGAACAGUCCCCGUCCCGUGAAGGUGCCGCGAUGCCACAGUGACCCUCCUAACCCACAUCUGAUUAUCCCGACUCCAGAGGGAUUCAGGGGUUCCAGCGUCCCUGAGAACGACCGGCUGGCUUCCAUAGCUGCGGAGUUACAGUUUCGGUCCUUGAGCCGCCACUCGAGCCCCACCGAGGAGCGCGAUGAACCAGCAUAUCCAAAAGGUGAUUCAAGUGGGUCAGCUCGAAGAAGUUGGGAACUUCGGACACUUAUCAGCCAGACUAAGGACACUGCUUCCAAACAAGGACCCAUAGAGGCUAUCCAGAAGUCGGUCCGAUUGUUCGAAGAAAAGAGGUAUCGAGAAAUGAGGAGAAAGAAUAUCAUUGGUCAAGUUUGUGAUACCCCUAAAUCUUAUGAUAAUGUUAUGCACGUAGGCUUGAGGAAGGUGACCUUCAAGUGGCAAAGAGGAAACAAAAUUGGGGAGGGGCAGUACGGGAAGGUCUACACCUGCAUCAGUGUCGACACUGGCGAAUUGAUGGCUAUGAAGGAGAUUCGAUUUCAACCUAACGACCAUAAAACUAUCAAGGAAACUGCAGACGAAUUGAAAAUCUUUGAGGGCAUCAAACACCCCAAUCUGGUUCGGUAUUUUGGUGUGGAGCUGCAUAGAGAAGAAAUGUACAUCUUCAUGGAGUACUGUGACGAGGGGACAUUAGAAGAGGUGUCGAGGCUGGGACUUCAGGAGCACGUCAUCAGGCUGUAUUCAAAGCAGAUCACCGUUGCCAUCAACGUCCUCCACGAGCACGGCAUAGUUCACCGAGACAUUAAAGGGGCCAACAUCUUCCUCACCUCGUCUGGACUCAUCAAGCUCGGGGAUUUUGGAUGCUCCGUAAAGCUUAAAAACAACGCACAGACCAUGCCGGGCGAAGUGAAUAGCACCCUGGGGACCGCAGCAUACAUGGCUCCAGAAGUCAUCACUCGCGCAAAAGGAGAAGGCCACGGGCGUGCCGCUGACAUCUGGAGUCUGGGGUGCGUCGUCAUAGAGAUGGUGACUGGCAAGAGGCCUUGGCAUGAAUAUGAACACAACUUCCAGAUUAUGUAUAAAGUGGGCAUGGGGCACAAGCCACCGAUCCCUGAAAGACUAAGCCCAGAAGGAAAGGACUUCCUUUCUCACUGCCUUGAAAGUGAGCCCCGGAUGAGGUGGACGGCCAGCCAGCUCCUCGACCACGCCUUCGUCAAGGUUUGCACAGAUGAAGAAUGAAGCCAGUUGGUCUGUGGCCUGGUGGUGUGUGUGCUCGGAGAAUUCUCUCAAUCACUACUGUAUGUAAUAUUUACAUAGAGACUGUGCCGAGAAGCAGUGUAAGCCUUUCUAACCUUCCAAGACUGAGGACUGCACAGGCGACAAGCGUCACUUGUCCUGCUGCUCCUGUUUGUUCGAUGCGGCGCGGGGCCCUUCCGCGUGACGGUGUCCACGAGGUAAAGAAGCUGCAUGUUAAGUGCCAUUACUACUGUACACGGACCAUCGCCUCUGUCACCUGUUUCUCGUGUGACUGAGGACCGUGACGUCAGUGUAGUAUUUUUGACCUUCCCGGGUUCAAAAGCAGUUGUAGUGUUAUCGGUGUCCUGGGCCUUGUUGUUAAACUUCUUGUUUGUCGAGUGCACUGACUGUGAAACCUUACCUUUUUGUCAUUGGCAAGCCACGGGCUUGUUACGCAAAGGCUGAUUGAUGAAAUUUCAGAAAAAGGUUCUUUUUUCAAUAAAUGGUUUAUUUUAGGAAAGUUCA